CUCAGAUAAAUGAACAUUUGAUAUUCAUAAGGUAAAGCUUAUGUAAGGCAAAACAAAAAUAAAUUCACAGUUUCAUAAGUCAUUUAUGCUUUCAAUAAUUGACAUUAUGAAUUUCCAUAGUUGUGACGUAUGUUAUCUGUGCACCACACGAUUCAAAUUCAUAAGGUUCUUUAUGGAAUUUUUCCAAGUCAAAGUGAAUGAAAAGUUCAACGACGCUUAAAAAUGGCGGACGCGCUCAUCAUCGAAGAGAAGGACUUGAUAGCCGAUUUUGUUGCGCAUGCACCAGCAGAUUGCUUCGAUUUCCUCAAAGCCAUCGGGUUUAACACUUUUGCCCUUUUGACCAUCGCCGAAGAUCACUUUUGCGCGACCUUGAGUCAGUUCCCAAAUUCGUGGGGUGCAGAACAAAUUUGGAUUUGGAUACACCAAUGGCGUCAAAGAAAUCACCUGGAUACCAUUGUUGUACCGCAGGAGACAAACAUCGAAGGAAUAUUAAGUCCAGUGGAAGCACCUACUACAGAGAUUGAAGUAAGCGAGCAAGUCAAGGAUAACGAAGAACUCCAACCGAAUAAAGUAAAAUUAGACAUUUCUCUUGAAGACGCAAGCACUUUGUCUGUUGAAGCAGGUUGUAGCGAACAAGGCAGCGGAUUAUCAGAGGUUGUUGCAGAGAAAGUGGAGCAAGCAUCGAGCAAUAACCCAAAGGUAACAUUAUGCUAUAGACAAACAGACAUUCAUGUAAAUUUAGAUAAUUUAUGUGUACACCUGUAUUCAAUUGACUUGAGUUGAUAGUAGUUA